AGUGUAUGGUGAAAUAGCCCAGGAAAUAAAGGCUCAAUACCCAGCGAUGACCACUUUGACUGCAGAUCAAGUUCGUGCUAAAUUUAAGAAGCUGAAGGCAUACUUUCUGCGAGAGCACAAAAAGAUACAGUCAGCACCAAGUGGCUCAGCAGGCAAGACACCUACAGAAUGGGAAUAUUACGACUGCCUUGCAUUCCUAGGUCCAAGUGAGGAGCUCACAACAGAGGCAAGCUGGUCGGGACCAACACACAAGGAACCUUCAUUACUCAUGCCAGAAUUUCCACCUGAAGAGUCAUCCAUCUAUUUAGUUGAAGAAGCCAGUAUAUGUGAGGAACUUGAGGAAACUGGUUUUGAAACAGACCAGGUCAAUCAUUCCACUGAACAAGCCAAACAGGUGACUGCAAAUGAUCUUGCUGAUGCCUUGAGGACAUUCAGUAAGGAACACAACCCUGAGUCACUUACAAGUUCAGCUUCAUCACCCCUUCUGACGACUCCAUCAUCAUCUAGUCCAGUUUUGUCAGAAGCUGAAGGCCAGCCUAGGCGUUUGUUUUCGAAUGCCAUGAAGAGGAAACGAGCCAAGGCAUAUGACUCAGCACUAGAAGUUGCAUUACAAAUGAGUGCACAAGAAUCACCGAGCCCUUCAUUCUCCAAGUGUGCUGGGUCAAUGAUUGAAAAUAUCAUAAAUCUAGUUCCAUCACACAUGCAGUAUGAACUUAGUUUUACUAUUUUGAAUAGUGCUCAAAAGGCAUAUGAGGAUUUUGUACAAAAAAAAUUUUUUUUAAUAACAGAACACUUUUUAGCAUUUGUACAUUUAUAACAUUUUCUGUCAUUAUUGCAUUCAGCUGAUAUUUUUGGUUAAGUAAAAUAAGUUCAUAAGGUUGUCUCUUUAUUUCCUUGCCUCUUAUAAUGUAAUGCACUUGAAAAGUGUGCAUAAACUCUCUCCACCUCCUGCCACCCUCUACCGAACUGACACACACAUUAGAAACAGGGGAAGUACCGGUGGAGUGGAAAAGAGCUGAAGUGGUGCCCAUUUAUAAGG